GUUUGUAGCCUGUAUAGGCUAGUAGGCCUAUUAAUGUUUGCAAGUCUAUGUUCGUGCAUUAUGCUGUUACAUUAUCCCUGUUAUUGCAUUUAAUGCAUCGCUAACAAGGGAUGACACGUCAUGUCAUCUUGACUUGACAUCAGUAAAGUUGCAGCCUACUCGUGCUGGCCUGAUCAGCCGGUGUGUGCUGUGCUGUAGCCUACAGAUCAGCCUUCGCCUCAUUUACCCUAUCUGACAGCUAUAAGCUAUUGGCGAAGUGAUUGAUACAACAGUAAGGAGUUGCCCAAAACCACGAUCUGUCACAUUGCUAUGCCCCUUUGUUGUUGCAGCAGUGCAGCGAUGGCGCCUGCGUGGAUCCUGGCGUGUGCGGUCUUGGUGCUCCGCGAACCCGUCCGCGCCGCGGGGGAAGUCCGGAGACCGAACUUUGUGUUGUUGAUGGUGGAUGACAUGGGCAUCGGGGACCUCGGCUGCUACGGAAAUAAAACACUAAAGACUCCAAACAUUGAUCGUCUAGCAGAAGAGGGGGUGCGUCUAACGCAGCACAUUGCCUCAGCGCCCCUCUGCACCCCAAGCAGAGCAGGGUUCCUCACCGGACGCUACCCUAUACGCUCUGGUAUGGUGACCCAGUCCAGAGUGGGCGUGUACAUCAUCUCAGCUGCGUCCGGAGGAUUACCCAAUCAGGAGCUGACCUUUGCCAGGCUGGCCAAAGAGCAGGGCUACUCAACCGCCCUCAUAGGUAAGUGGCAUCUGGGUCUCAACUGCGAUCGUCACGACGACCUGUGCCACCACCCCCGGGCCCACGGCUUCGAUCACUUCUACGGCAUCAGCAUGACCAACCUGCGCGACUGCCAACCGGGUCACGGCUCCGUCUUCGAGCACGUGCACACACACGUCCCCUACGGCUCGCUGGCGCUGGGCGCUCUCACGCUCGCUCUCCUGCACGCGCGGGGCGUGGUGUGUGUGUCGCGGCGUCUGGCCCUCGCGGCGCUGGGGCUGGUGGCGGCGGCGGCGGCCGCGUUCGGAGUGUUCCGGUGGACGUUCCGCGACCUCAACUGCUUCCUGAUGCGCGGCGGCGAGGUGGUGGAACAGCCGUUCGUCUCGGAGAACCUGACCAGGAGGAUGACCGCCGAGGCCCUGCAGUUCCUGGAGAGGAGCUCUGAGGGGCCGUUCCUCCUCUUCCUGUCCUUCCUGCAGGUGCACACGGCGCUCUUCGCCUCCUCUCAGUUCCAGGGGCGGAGCGCUCACGGUCUCUAUGGCGACGCCGUCAUGGAGGUGGACUGGAGUGUAGGUGAGGUCUUGCGUGCUCUGGAGCGGCUGCAGCUGGCGGAGCAGACGCUGGUGUAUCUGACCUCAGAUCAGGGACCCCACCUGGAGGAGAUCUCCGUGCGGGGAGAAGUGCAUCACGGAUACACCGGCAUCUACAGAGCGGGCAAGUCCACUAACUGGGAGGGGGGCAUCCGUGUGCCGGGGCUCCUGCGCUGGCCGGGGGUCAUUCCCGGGGGGAGGGACGUCUCUGACCCCACCAGCAACAUGGACCUCUUCCCCACCGUCGUCAAGCUCGCCGGAGCCACCAUACCUCAGGACAGGGAGAUUGAUGGUCGUGAUCUGAUGCCUCUAUUGCGAGGAGAAUCGGAGCGCUCAGAGCACGAGUUUCUGUUCCACUAUUGCAAUGCCUACCUCAAUGCUGUGCGCUGGAGCCCCAGAGACAGUUCUGCGGUGUGGAAGGUGUUCUUCUUCACGCCCAUCUUCCACCCCGAGAACAGCUCCGCCUGUUUCCACACCCACGCCUGCUUCUGCACGCCCGACUACGUCACCCACCACGACCCCCCGCUGCUUUUUGACCUCUCCAGGGACCCGUCCGAGAGCCGACCGCUCUCGCCGGACACCGAGCCGGCCUUCCGCGCCGUGCUGGAGGCGGUCGCCGCGGCAACGGAGCGACACGUCCGCGGGGUGGUGCCCGUGCCGGACCAGCUGUCGCCGGGCAACAUGCUGUGGAAGCCCUGGCUACAGCCCUGCUGCUCCAGCUGGACUCAGCUCUGCCGCUGCGCUCGCGACCACCAGCAGGGGGAGCUCACGCUCUCUCACUGAGCCUCGCCAAGCCCAGCAUUCAUCUUUUUUUUUUUUUUUUUUGUAAGUAUUUUUGUGGGCUUUUUAUGCCUUUAAUGAUAGAAUGACAGUGGAGAGUGACAGGAAGCGAAUGGGUGAGAGAGUAGGGGAGGGAUCCGGAAAGGACCACGGGGCGGGAAUCGAACCCGGGUCGCCGGCGUGGGGUGCAGGUGCCCCAGCCAGUUGGGGCCAAGCAUUCAUCUUUUAUACAUCCUCCCUUCCUUCCUCGGUCCUCGUCCUCACUGAUUUAGGGAUGUUGAAAGAGGCCCAUAGUCAGAGGUGGAAAAGUCCAGCUUCACAAAGUAGAAGUCCAACUGUGUGUUGGCUCUACCUGUGCACAGGUGAUUUCACCAAUUACCUGCUCUACCUGGCUGAAGAGUUGUGCUAAUUAGAAUCAUCUGGUUUAAGUGAAUGGUUUGACACAGAUAAGUAGUGGGACUUUUCCACCUCGGAUUAUAUUACAGUAGCUUCCACUGUAGUCAAUGGAACUGCCUGCAACAGGCGUGGGAAUUGUACACACAUUUGGUGGUGGUACACACACACACACACACACACACACACACACACACAAACAUACAUAUCUCCUUAAAUUGUUUCUCCCCUCUGGGAGCAGAGCGCUUGAGUUCCAUACCUGGUUGAUGGAUUCACGAAGUGUGUGUCAGGAGGAGGUGGAGGUGUGUGUGUGUGUGUGUGUGUGUGUAAGAGCGGCGUGUAAAACAAGUAUAAAUAGUGUAAACUAUUAACUGCCUGCUGAGGGUGUACGGGGCUGCGUGGGAACUAAGCCACAGCAGGAAGUGACCUUGUUUACAUGUUUACAUCCUCGCCACUUUACAGCCGUUCACACUUGUUUCCAUGGUAAUGCAUUCUCUCAGAGGAAAGAGUUUAUAGACAUAGAGCAGUGUGUGUGUGUGUGUGUGUGUGUGUGUGUGUGUGUGUAGGCUAUAUUCACGGAAGGCUGUUCUGGAGCUCAUUUGUUUCCGGUGAAGCGUUAGCUGUGUUGUACCUGCAUCCUCUGUUCUAUUCUGCUCCUUACGGUGGAGUCAGACGCUUGCGUCCGCCAACGUAUGCCUCAUUUUGUCACAUUUCCAUAAACGCGAACUGAUUGGUUUGUCAGUGUUCGAAAAUUUGCAUACACGGAAUUUCAUUGGCUGGCGCUUGCGCGAUCCGUCAAAAGUUGAACAUUUCUCAACUUUUUAGCGGAGGCAACGUAUCUCAGGCAACGCAUCGGACCCACAAUUCAGUGCGGCAUGAAAUGAAGUCCAGCCAAUGUAAAGUGAAUGGGAAAACAACGGACGAACGUUGGCGGACGCAAGCGUGUGACUGCGCCGUUACUGUACAUGUUCACUCCAGCACUGGAGAUGUGGUUUGCCCCAUAAUAACAAUGUUUUAACACGCUGAAAAUCCUUUUGCAUCGGAACGUGCUGAUUCACUACGUGCAACAACCAAGUGGGUCCGUUUAGACACUAAUUACAUAAGCAAUAGCGGCAGCUUCAAACACACCUGGCUCCACUGGAAAUAAAUGAGAUCCUGACAAGCCUCACAUCACAAGUGUUAUGAACCACCUGGAGGCUUUAAAGCAAGUUAAAUCAUCAUGACUGAAAAUGUGAAAAAUAACUUUGGUUAUUAUUGUAAUUAUAAAUAAAUAAAACAUGAAAAUCAAACAUA